UCCAAGGAGACAAAACAUAUUCACAGUCCCACAAAAAAAAAAAAAAGAGAAAAAAGAAAAGACAAAAUGUUAUUUUAUUUUAUUUUGGGUUUUUACCAAGCAUGUAAAAUGUAAACGUCAUAUUUCUUCCGCCGAUAGCACCCAACACCGCCCGGAACAACUGCCACUCAGACCACCACACUUGCCGCGUUUUUGCGUCCACGCGCCACCGCUUCUCGAACCUCCGGCCACAUGGAACCGGAAAAACAACGAAGGACGUCUUCGGAAGACACACGCGCCUCCGCUUCGAACAAACGCAAGCAUUCGUCUAUCGCAGAACGAUCCCAGAGACACAAGAAAAAGAGGCGGAAAACCAGAAAAUCCGAAUCAGAAAUGGUAAAACCCGACCCGACCCGAAGCCCUACCUUAUCGAAUAGGUUCUUCGAAUUUGGUUCAUCAUCAUCUCGGACUCGUAGAAAGGAGCGCAGUAGGAGAAGAGAGCCCAGUAGUAAUCGUAGUAGCUCGGAGAGCUCUAGAAAUUGGGUUUCCUCUUCCCAUGAUUUUUCGACCUACAGAGAUAAGAUUGUGUUUGUUUCAUAUAAUAUAUUAGGAGUCGAAAACGCAUCGAAACAUCCAGAUUUGUAUUGUAAAGUCCCACGAAGAUUCUUGGAGUGGGACAGGCGGAAGACGCUUAUACAUGAGGAGAUCAAUCGUUAUGACGCAAGCAUCCUUUGCCUUCAAGAGGUUGACCGCUUUGAUGAUUUGGACAAUCUUUUCCAAAAAGACGGGUUUAAGGGUGUGUACAAGGUUCGCACUGGUGAAGCAGAUGAUGGAUGUGCCAUAUUUUGGAAAGAAGAACUGUUCACCCUUUUGCAUCAAGAAAAUAUAGAGUUUCAGAAUUUUGGUCUGCGUAACAAUGUUGCUCAACUUUGUGUUUUGAAGAUGAACCAAGAUCUGUCAGAGUUGGAUGUAGAUAGCCAAACAUCAUUAACUCCAACCACCAAAAGUCGAAGCUUAGUGAUUGGAAAUAUACAUGUAUUGUUCAAUCCAAACCGUGGAGAUGUCAAGCUAGGGCAGGUACGACUCUUUCUAGAAAAAGCAUACAAGCUAUCACGAGAAUGGGGCUGCAUCCCUGUUAUUAUUGGUGGAGAUCUAAAUAGCAUUCCACAGAGUCCAAUGUACCAGUUCAUGGCUUCAUCCAAGUUAGACGUUCGACAUUAUGACCGCAGAAGAAUUUCGGAACAGGUUCAACAUCCAUCACAAUGUGGAUCCUUCAGAUCUCAGAAUGAGAAAGCAAGCAGUUUUUGGACAUCUAUAUCAAGACCAAUGCUAUAUAGAUGGAGUGAAGAAGAAUUACAGCUUGCAACUGGGAGUGAAGGAGUCACUUAUCUUCAGCACCAUUUAAAGCUUUGCAGUGCAUAUCUUGGAGUUCCUGGAAGUUGUAGAACAAGAGAUGAUCAUGGAGAACCCCUUGCAACAUCAUAUCACUCCAAGUUUAAGGGAACUGUUGAUUAUAUUUGGCAUACAGAGGAACUUGUUCCAGUGAGAGUUCUUGAAACCUUGCCGGUCAAUAUCUUGAAAAGAAUUGGAGGACUGCCUAAUGAGAAAUGGGGCAGCGACCAUCUCGCUCUUGUAUGCGAACUGGCUUUCAUAGAUGAUUGUGAUAGGACCUGACUGUUAUGCUGUUGCUUUCAUUCAGGCCCUUUAUCAGCCUUGCAACUACCUUCUAAUAAUUAAUAGACAGCAUUCAAAGAAUUCGGCAUUAAUGGUCCAACCAGCUUCGACGAAGAAAAGUUCUAGAGAGAGAGAGUGUGUGUAUGUGUUACAAUUGAAAUGUCUUUGCUUUGGGAGAAAGGGAAGAUCCAAAAAUCAUGUAGCUGUUUAGUUGGAAAAAGGUGACAAAUGAUUUUUCUUUUCCUUUUUUUUUUUUUUUGUUUUUUUUGAUAAUUUGUGCUGAAUAGUGAGAAAUGAUAAUUGAGUUGGUGGAGAUAAUGGAGGAAAAUUCAACUUGGAAUGUUUGGGUCAGAGGAAACUAAGAUGAAAUGGAAUGUGAUAUUGGAGGGAAUGGAAGAGAUUGUGGCUGUGAUAAAAGUGGCAUAAAGCUGUUCCUUGCUAAAGUGGGUCGGUGCAAAUACAACUAGAAAUUGAUUUUAUAAGAGCACUCAAAAAAGAAAAAAUUGGUAAACUCAGUUGGAAAGCCAUUUGUAUCAAGAUAGGAUAAGGGAGAAAUAUUAUAAAAAAUAAAAAAUAAAAAAUAAAAAAAGAGAAAAAAGAAAAAAGAAAAAAAAGAAAGUCAUGAUUAACAUGUUAAUUCAAAGAUCCAUUUCAAUUCUCCUUGUUAGUAUCUCAAUCAUCGGCUUUUUGGUUUUUCCCCCUUCCCUAAUGGGAGUUAUGUACAUAAAUUAUAAUGACAGCUUAUAAUCACAUGUAACAUAAAUGAAAUAACUUAGAUAACAUGGUAUAACAAUAAAAUAAAAUAUGUGGAUAAUUUUUGAAAAUAGGAUUAUGAAUUAUUUAUUGCAC